UCUUUUGAAAUAUAUUGAAUGCAAAAUAAAUGCGAAAUUUUCGUACCUGGCAAGGCCCUUUGCCGAAUGACGACGAAAUGAAUAAGACGAUUGUAAAUUUUGCUUUGUGCGGAGGCGAGUUUAUUUUCAUUUUCAUUUUCCAAAUUUUUACAGUUUCUGUACGUUUAUACUUGCAAAAAUUUGCAGAAAAAGCUUACAAGCGCGUGUAAAAUUUAAACGCAAAAUUACUUAAGAUCAGUUUGGCAUAAAUAGUGAAGCCAACGGCAUUUGCUAUCACUGGUCGUCUGGCAAAGGCAAAAGCGAUUGAUUAGCAGAAUUGAGAAGGAAGUGCAAGGAGGAAGAGGAAGUAGAGUAAAACGAAAAGUAAAGUCUGUGCUUGGUUGAAAGACGUAAAAUAAAAUAUAUGUGUGUGGUCAAGGGAAGGGAAGAAAGUGCACAAACGAAUAAAUACUUGGGGUGAGAAUACUGCAAAGGCAAUAGAACAACAAGGUCCACAGCAACAGUGCGAGACGAUGCAUUUUAAACGUCUCUAAAAAGGAAACAAAGCAGAAAACAUAUCCAGUCGGCAGAAGGAAGAGGCAAGAAAAGUAUCCAUCAGACGACGGCGAUGACGACUCUGUUGUAGAACGGAAAGCACAAAAAAGUGUGAAAGGUCAGCAGACAGACGAAGAGGAGACGGAAAAUAAAGAAACCGUGCAAAAUAGUAUACUCAGCCAAACUGUCGAUUUCCUUUAAAUUGCAUGGGCCUAGAUGAAUGUUUGAAAUAUCCUUGAAUGUACUUAUAUACAUACAUUUAUCCGACAAGACAAGACUAAAAAAAUUCAUUCAUUCCACUUAGAAUUGCAGUAUACAUAUUGGCCACAAGUCUGGAUUGGUGAGUUUGAAAAGAGCAAAUAUUUUCUGUAUUACUAGCUCAGGAACUCGCCAGUAAUCUUAUUAUUUGCUACUAGCUGCCAUUGUAAGCAACCGACCGCGCAAGUGCUAACGACCACCGCCAGAUUAUCAUACAUUUCACAGAUAUUUCUUCGUACCGGAAGCAGGUGUAUAUAUUUAGGACAAGCCGGAUCUAUAGCAUUUGUUGACGACUCUACCAGUCGACCAGUGCACGCUUGCUGGGCCACGUGCGAUGUUGCCAUUCACCCCACAAGUAGUUAAACGUUUGUUAGCACUCAAGAAGGGCAACGAAGAUACGGUCGAGGGGAAGUGGUCAGAAAAGGCGGUUAAAAAUCUAGUAAAGAAAGUGAAGAAGAACAUACAACUCGAAGAGUUAGAACGUGCCAUUUCUACACAAAAUUGUAAUACACGCUGUGUCACCGUACCGCGUAGUAAGCCAGGCGCUACUGGCGAAAAUUUGCGCAAAGGACAACCUCAUGUCAUAUAUUGCCGCGUAUGGCGUUGGCCAGAUCUACAAUCUCAGAAUGAAUUGAAAGCUUUGGAUCAUUGCGAAUACGCUUUUCACUUGCGUAAAGACGAGAUUUGUAUCAAUCCAUAUCAUUACAAAAAGAUUGAACUAUCGAUUUUGGUGCCAAAAUCAUUGCCUACACCGCCUGACUCAAUUACCGAUUAUCCAUUGGAUAAUCACACCCACCAAAUACCUAAUAAUACAGAGUACAAUGCCGCUACUAUACGCAGCGCCUCUUUGAGUCCGCCACAGUAUAUGGAGUUGUCAAGUCACCAUCAUCAACAACAACAGCAUUCGCCGGGUAGUUUAGUUGGUUUGGGCAUGAGUGCAGCUCAACAACAACAACAACAAAUCAAUGGCUCACUUGUAGGAUCUGGCGCUUGUAACAUGGACUCGCAAUCAAGUGUGCUAAGUGUUGGCAGUAGCAUUCCCAACACGGGCACACCUCCACCUGGCUACAUGAGCGAAGAUGGUGAUCCCAUUGACCCGAAUGACAAUAUGAACAUGUCGAGGUUGACGCCACCAGUCGAUGCUAGUCCCGUAAUGUACCAUGAGCCCGCUUUCUGGUGCUCAAUUUCUUAUUAUGAACUUAACACGCGUGUCGGUGAAACCUUCCAUGCCUCGCAACCAUCUAUUACAGUAGAUGGUUUCACCGAUCCCUCAAACUCUGAGCGUUUCUGUCUUGGCCUACUCUCCAAUGUAAAUCGUAAUGAAGUGGUUGAACAGACUCGUCGCCACAUUGGCAAAGGAGUACGUCUUUAUUAUAUUGGGGGUGAGGUGUUCGCAGAAUGCCUCAGUGAUUCGUCAAUAUUUGUGCAAAGUCCUAAUUGUAAUCAACGCUAUGGAUGGCAUCCAGCUACUGUCUGUAAAAUACCACCAGGAUGUAAUUUGAAAAUCUUUAAUAAUCAAGAAUUCGCAGCAUUGCUAUCGCAAUCAGUAUCACAGGGUUUUGAGGCCGUAUAUCAAUUAACGCGUAUGUGUACCAUACGCAUGUCAUUUGUGAAGGGUUGGGGUGCAGAAUAUAGACGUCAGACGGUUACUUCAACUCCGUGUUGGAUUGAGUUGCAUUUGAAUGGGCCGCUACAAUGGUUGGAUCGUGUUCUCACGCAGAUGGGUUCGCCGCGCUUGCCAUGCAGCUCCAUGUCUUAAACACACAGAAACGCAUAAAAGGAAAAAAUGUGAAGCGAGAAAGAUGAAAAAAGGAGUUAGGAGUGCAUUAAUGCAUUAAAAUCAAUGCCAACCGAGGAGUAACCUAUGUUUGCACAUAUAUAUGUAUGUAUGUAUUGAAUAAGUAUACGUAAAAAUUAGUGAUUCAAAUAAUUGGAAACUUUUUUUCUAAAAUGUUUCAAAUGCCCUUAAUCGUGGUUGUUUUGUGUGAGAUUCCCUAGAAAUUAAAUUCGAACGGUGUUCACAUGAGGCGAUUUUCCAGGCAAUUUAAGAGGCGAUUAGUUGAACCAAAAGUUGGCUGCACCCCAAGCUUGCUCCCCAACUUCAUUGGAAGCGGUUAGUUCAUACCAGGCGAUUGUUGAUUUCAACUAAAAGUUGCCUGUAAAAUCGCCUCAUGCAAACACCAUAUUAAAGAUAGAAGCGAUGUUAAAAUAAAUUUUUGCAAUUUAUUGCCAAUGACAGAUACACAGAAACGAAAUAUUUGCAAGGAUUAUUCAAAUUGUUAUAUGUACAUAUAAAGAAGGUAAUAUAAAAAAUAGGACAAUGCACUUACAGGUGUAUGAUCACAGUGGACAUAACAUUGAAAUUCAUAUUUACUACAUAAAGGUAAAGACAGCUCACAUUUUGUAAAAAACAAUCACACUGUGUAAGGUGUGUAUUGUAUAUUUUUGCAAUGAACUUUCACUAAUACACAGCUAUGCCAACACGAAAUAGUACGUAUUAUUCUCACCCGCAAGGAUGUUAUCAAGUAGCAAAGCAGUUGAAAUUAGGAAACAUUAAGAGCUUUUAGAUUUUAAACUUUUAACAAUAGAUUUUGUACCAUUUACAGAUUUACAUGGAUCAAGUACAUGUUAACUCAUACAUAUGUACAUACAUAUACAAUAAUUAUAUAUGUAUACAAAAUAAAUAUAUACAAAACCAAAAACAUAUAUGUACAUACAUAUGUACAUAUGUAGGUAAAAGAACAGCACGUUUGGGAUAUUUGCUAUAAGCAAAUUGUAGGAAUUUAAAAAUUUUAAACAGAUCGUAAGAUCUAAAAAUGAAAACUUGGCUAAAAACUGCGGGAUAUUAGCUGUAAAAGUUUGAUAAAAAAAAGUCUAUAUAAAAUAUGUCUGUAUAACCAUAAUUUAAGAUGCUCCUUAAUAAGGUUUUUUUUGUGCUUUAA